GCCAUCAGCUGCAACAACGCCAAACAUAUCCCCUCCUUCCCUCCUGCUCCCGGUUUUCAAUCAAGCAUCAUAGCCACUCUUUUACCUCAACCUUACUUCACUAUGUAUAUGGGCAUACGGUAGCAGCUUCUUUCGUAGCCUCUAGUCUCACGUCGCAAGCCCAGCUACAUACCCCCCCCUUAUCCGCGGCCUCGAGAUCGCGACCGCCCAAUCCCGGACCGGGAAUCCGCCAGACAGGAGCACCCAUGGUUGACGAAAAGCACCUCUACGAUGCCCAUGAAGCUGUCCCAAUCCCGUCGUACGAAGAAGCCACCUCCUCACAUCCUCCGUCCCGCCUCGGCCCCCAAGAGAUUAGCGACGAUGCCGAGCGGCAGGGCCUGCUGGGCCACAACCUCUCCUCUCAAACGAGCUCGCGGCGACGCAAUGGCUACUACCACCCGCCUUCCGUGCAAUCGGCGCGCACGAGCGAGGAGAGCAGCGGGCUCGGGAGUCCCGUGCCAGACGACGAGGAUGCGGAGCUGAGGGCGGAGAUGGAGGAAAUGGAUAUUCUGGAUCCCGAGUCUGCGGAUGAUGGGCGCGCACGCAGGAAUAGAGCCAGAGGUCGGUUUUCGAAGAGGUUUUAUAUGAUCACAAAUACGCUGUCCAGUUUCCAGUUGCAUGGACUAUCCUGGCCGUCAUCCGCCUGGGCGUGGUUUAGAUCAAAACUCCCGUCGAUACCGGAGGAAUACAGGCCUGGAUGGGCCGUGAUCGCGCGGCUGGCUGGACUCAUAGUGAUUAUAGGUCUGGUGUAUAUGUUGGUUGUGAGCGAGAUUAUGCCCGUGGGGUCUGGGUUCGGACAGCCGUUUAACCCGGAGUGGGUGCGGCAGUUUGCGCAGAGCAAGAUUGAGACGUGGAGGAUACAAGAUAACCUGAAAUACAUCACAAGCUACGAUCACGUCGCGGGGAGCGAAGGAAGCUUUUAUCUCGGACAGUGGAUUCAGGAGAAGUUGAAGGAGAGCCAUGUGGAUAAAUUGGCACAUGACGAAUACUGGGUCUACCUGAACUAUCCAAAGGAAAAUGGUCGACGCGUCGCGAUUGUGGAUCCUCCGGAGCUGGCUUGGGAAGCUAAAUUAGAGGAAGAACCGGCAUAUGAUCCCCCCCGGCCCCAAACCGCUGCUUUUCACGGACUCUCGGCAUCAGGAAAUGUAACCGGACCCCUUAUCUAUGCCAAUUACGGAUCCAAGCAAGACUUCAAGAGGCUAUGGGAUAGCGGCGUAGACGUCCAAGGAGCCGUUGCCCUUGUACGGUAUUAUGGUUCUCAGUCUGAUAGGGCGAUGAAAGUUAAAGCCGCGCAAAAUGCUGGGGUGGCUGGCUUGCUCAUCUAUUCCGACCCGGCCGAGGACGGUUUCAAGAAAGGAGACGUUUGGCCGAAGGGACGUUGGAGGCCUGAGGACGCUGUUCAACGAGGCUCCGUGGCACUUACCAGCUGGAUUGUCGGCGAUGUGCUCACGCCUGGUCGAGCUUCCACAAAAGACGAAAAGCGCAUGCCUAAGGAUAAGAACCCGGGACUUGUCACGAUUCCAAGUCUUCCUUUGUCAUGGCGGGAUGCACAGAAACUCCUCCAAUCUCUCAAAGGCAAGGGUGAAGAACUUCCGGAAGAAUGGGUUGGCGGAGUCCCAGAUAUUGACGGCUGGUAUUCCGGCCACCCUGAUACCUCUCCCAAAGUCAACCUCCAAAACUUCCAAGAUGAGGAGGAGAAACAGAUGAUACAGAAUAUAUUUGGUUCAUUCGAAGGCCUGGAAGACAAAGCCAAGAAGAUUAUCAUCGGUAACCACCGCGACUCGUGGUGCUUCGGCGCCGCAGACCCGGGCUCCGGAACAGCUGUCAUGCUCGAAGUGGCCCGAGUCCUUGGUGAGCUACGAGUCCAAGGCUGGCGUCCGCUGCGGACGAUCGAGUUCGCAUCAUGGGAUGCCGAAGAAUACAACAUGAUCGGCUCCACUGAACAUGUUGAAGCUAACAUCGACUCCCUCCGCGCCAACGCCCUGGCCUACAUAAACGUUGAUGUAGGUGUGACCGGCGAAAAUCUGUGGGCUAAUGGUUCCCCCAUCUUCCAACAUGCCUGGAUCCGGAUCCUCGACCGCAUCUCCGACCCUCACCGCAACAAGACCCUGAAAGAACUCUGGAACAACGGGAACGGCAAGAUUGGUGGUCUGGGCGCAGGCUCCGACUACGUCGCCUUCCAAGACCUGGCCGGCUGCUCUUCCAUCGAUUUCGGCUUCUCUGGUCCUGAACACGGCGAUAUGUAUCAUAGCUGCUACGAGACCUUUGACUGGGUGGCCAAAUACGUCGAUCCUGGCUUUACAUACCACAACCUCCUCGCCCAAAUCUGGGUCCUCCUCAUUCUGGAACUCGCCCAAGAGCCCAUUGUUCCCUUUAAUUUGGACGACUACGCAGAAGUACUUGGCUCACAGACCCUAGAACUCGUCGAGUGGACUGAGAAGAAAGGCUCGAAUUUCGACAUCGAGAUGUUCGACCCGCUGACCAGGGCAGUCAGCACGUUCAAGGAUCGCGCGAAGGAAUUCCACUCUUGGGAGGAUUAUUGGUAUGGACAGGUCUACGGGACGGGCGGGUUUGAACCCCAGGGCUUGACUGUCCAGCGGUUGGCGCAUAAUGCCCGCAUGGCGAGUUUUGAAACACAUCUCCUGGAUCUACCACAGGGGAAGGAUGAUAAGGAACCCCAUGGUAUCCCCGGCCGCGACCAAUACAAACACGUGGUCUUCGGCCCAGAUGCCUCAGGCUCAGGCUACGAUGCCGCCAUCUUCCCGUUCGUGAGAGAUGCGGUCGAGGUAGGGGAUUUCGAGCUGGCAAAAAAGCAGUUGCAGAAGACGGCGGAUAUAUUGAAUCGGGCGAGUGAUCAUUUGUUACAUUAAGGUUUUGUAGAUUGCGUGCACGGACGGUGUAUUGGCGUUGAAAUAAGUUCCCAUUGGAUUGGAUCCAUGGAUGGAUUGGGAAUGGAUAAGUCCUUUUACUAUCACUUUUGUAGGUUAGGUAGCGCGGCGUGUACUUGUCUAUCCUUACCUGCUUGCUCACUUGCUUGCUUGCUUGGUUUUGCAUAUGUUAUCAUUCUUAUACCAUUCUGUCUUCCAUCUGUCUGAUUUAGUUAGUCUGUCUUAUUAUAUCUACUGCUAUGCUCAGCAUUAUCAUCGAAAAGGUACAGUAGGCGGCAUCCUCCAUUCCUCUGAUCUAAACCCAGCAACAGCUAUUACUAUCUCUCUCAUCCUGUCCAUCGAGCGUAAAGUCUUGGGAAGCCUUCUGGAUUUAUUUU